CUUCUCCACCAUUCUAUUUUCUUCCGUUUUGCUAACGCACACCAAGAAAUUUUUGGUUUCCAGAAGGAUGGAUUCAGGGGAAUAUAUUCUCUCAAUUCAGCUCAUAUUAUCGCUUCCUAUCAGAUUAUUGUGGGUUCGAGUUUCUUGACGACUUACUUACAUGAAGAGAUUAAAAGACUGCAGUGUCUUGUGUGUAGACUAACUACAGAGAUAGAUGUAAGGAAUCAAAGGAUGGAAUACACAGAAAAAAGGUUCACCCAAGUAUCGACGUCUCUUGGUAUAGUGACAGAUGAGAGAAAUGAACUGAAUCAAGCUUCCCUUCAGCUCUCAACGUCACUUAGUAGAAUGACGGAAGAGAGGGAGCAGCUGAAUCAAGCUCAUAUUCAAGAAAUGAGAAAUAUGCGGAGCAUUGUGUAUGAGAACGAGACACUUAUGAAGGACUUAGAGACACACCAUAGAGAACUCGAGCAACAACGAAAGGAAAUUGACAAGCGUGAGGCCCAAUUGGAUCUCAAAAGCAAGCAACUUUCUCUUUUAAGCGAAGAGGUACUUGUACUUUUGUCAUCCUGACUGAAGUCUAUUGAUUGAUUAAACCCUCAAUUACAGUUUAUGUCUUCUCGGGCAACUUUGUGAACCAUGAGAAUCAAACAUCAUGGAACAAAAAAAAAUUGAAACCUUUUGCAAGAUAUAUCUUUGUUUGGAUUGCCACUGCGACACAGGUUACAAGAAAACUACAUACUGUGCAAAAGAAUUUUGAAGGAGCGGAAGAUGCGAGUAGUGUAGAAAAUGUUCAAGCCUCAACAGAGUUGGAUGAUACGCGCAAAAGACUGGAAAAGAAAGAUUAUGAGUUGGAUAGUUUGAGUAACCUUAAUAACACCCUGAUCGCAAAAGAGCGCAGAAGUAACCACGAGCUACAGGAGGCAGGCAAAGUUUUGAUCGAGGGUUUAGAUGGGUUUGGAAAUAAUGGUACGCGUCCUCCUGUAAUUGGGAUAAGACGGAUAGGGGAGCUGAAUGACAAACCAUUUCGAGAUAUUUGCAUCAAGAAGUUCUCGACUACUGAAUGGGAAACAAAAUCUGUUCAGCUAUGCUCAUUGUGGCAAAAUAAAAUACAAGAUUCAGGGUGGUAUCCUUAUAAGCAUGUGACAGUCGGUAAAAAGUUUCAUGAAGUUAUAAAUGAAGAUGAUAAAAAGUUGAGAGAGCUGAAAGAUGAAUGGGGCAAGGAAGUAUAUGAUGCUGUAGCUACUGCUUCACUGGAGAUGAAUGAGUACAAUGCAAGUGGAAGAUAUCCAGUUCGGGAGCUUUGGAAUUUCAAGGAAGGAAGGCAAGCCAGCUUGAAGGAAGUAAUGGAAUAUGUCCUGCAAAAAUUGAAAGCUCUUAAAGGUGCUAAGCGUCGAAGAUAAAACUCACGCGAAGGAAAACUUGUGCUUGUAUGGAUUCCCUACUUAACAAUGGGAGGUCAAUAAUUAAACUGCUGACAGGUCCCUCCAGAUCUUCCAGAGCCUGCACAACUUUGGUAGAUGUGGGAUGCAAGAAAAGGACUGGUUAUCUCUGUUGUAGUUCUCAGUGAUGCGUGGUUACUUGCAGUUGCAUUUUAUUUUGGUGCCAGAUUUGGAUUUGAGAAAAACUAUAGGCAGCUACUUAAAACAAGCAGUUGUACAGUAGUUACAUCGUGUUAUGCAGAAAAGGAAUACCUGUGCUUGUGUGGAUUUCCUACUGAACAAUGGGACGUCAAUUUACCUGCUGAAGAGGUCCCCCCAGAUCUUCCAGAGCCUGCACUGGGUAUCAACUUUGCUAGAGAGGGGAUCUGUCAAUAUAUGUCUAGCUGACCGAAAAAAGUUCAUUCUCUUUUUAUUCUUUGAUGGGCAGCUCACUGAUUUGACACUCAUAUGACUCUUGCAUCAUGCCAUUCACAAGUUCAGCAUUCCGAGAAUUAGAGCUUAUGGAUGACUGCACAUCAAUUGCCAGUUCAGGGUUCUUAUGCUGCUGGAUGCUUUAUUAGAGGUCCAGUAUUCUUAGGGCGCAUGACCUGACAGUUUGGCCGAGUGGUCUAAGGCGCCAGAAUCAGGCUCUGGUCCGAAAGGGCGUGGGUUCAAAUCCCACAACUUGGGUGUCCAUAUCGUGAACCGCAGGUGUACUACACCCCUCCCGCCAUUUCCAAGGGGGAACAACUAACGGAGUUAAUUGUAAACCCGAAGCCGUCAACACGUGUCGACUCCAAAACCAAUAUUUCCUGUUGCGGCAAAACUCCGUUAGAAAUGGUACUAAUAUUCUUUAUUUCUUCUGCUUCACCACCAUUCUCUUCCGUGUUGAUCGUUUCACACACUCAACACGCCCUAAAUUGCUAACCCUACCCCGAAGAAAUUCUUGGUUUCUAGAAGGAAUAUAUUCUCAAAAUUGAGCUCCUUUUAGUGCUGCCCAUCAGGUCUGUUUCCACUCCUUCUCCUUCCUUUUCUCUCCAUUUCCUUUUGGGUUUUUUUUCAAUUUCUAGGGUUUCUUUUUGUUUAUCUGUGGAUGCUAUGAAUUGGGGCUAUUGAGAGUUGAGAAGGUAAGUUAUGGGGAGGUUUAUCAAUGGGUUAAUGUUUAAAAAUGGAGGAAAAGGGGGAAAUUUCGAUAAACCCUCUCUUAAUACCAUUUGGGGUGAAACCAGGAAAAGAAAUGGGGGACAAAUUAAAAAGAUUAUUGUUGGUUCGAGCUUCAUGGGAACUCACUUAUAUCAAGAGAUGAGGAGACUGCAGAGUCUUGUGUCUAGCCUAACUGCAGAGAUGGAUGUAAAGAAUGAAAGGAUGGAAUACAUGGAAAGGAGGGCGACCGACUUAUCGACUUAUCUUGCUAUAAUGACAGAUGAGAGGGAUAAACUGAAUCAAGCUUUUCUUCAGCUCUCGACAUCACUUAGUAGAAUGACGGAAGAAAGAGAUCAGCUAGUUCAAGCUCAUCUUGAAGAAAUGAGGAGUAUGCAGAGGAUUGUGUAUGAGAAUGAGACACUUAUGAGGGACUUAGAGACUCACAGCAGAGAACUCGAGCAGCAACGUACGGAAAUCCACAAGCGUGAGGCCCAAUUGGAUAUCAGAAGCAACCAGCUCUCUGUUUUAAGCAAAGAGGUUACGAGAAAGCUAAAUAUUGUGCAACAAAAUUCUGAAAGAGCGAAAGAUACAAGUAGUAGAGAAAAUGUGCAAGCCUUAACAGAGGUGGAUGAUAUGCGCCGAAAACUGGAAGAGAAAGAUUAUGAGUUGGAUAGUUUGACUAAUCUGAAUAACACCCUUAUUGCCAAAGAGCGCAGAAGCAACCACGAGCUACAGGAGGCACGCAAAGUUUUGAUCGAGGGUUUAGAUGGGUUUGGAAAUAAUGGUACGCGUCCUCCUGCAAUCGGGAUAAAACGGAUGGGGGAGCUGAAUGACAAACCGUUUCGAGACAUUUGCAUCAAGAAGUUCUCGGCUACAGAAUGGGAAACAAAAUCUGUUGAGCUGUGCUCGUUGUGGCAAAAUAAAAUACAAGAUUCAGGGUGGUAUCCUUAUAAGCAUGUGACAGUUGAUAAAAUGCCUCAUGAAGUUAUAAAUGAAGAUGAUAAAAAGUUGAGAGAGCUGAGAGAUGAAUGGGGCAAGGAAGUAUUUGAUGCUGUAGCUACUGCUUCACUCGAGAUGAAUCAGUACAAUGCCAGCGGAAUAUAUCCAGUUCGGGAGCUUUGGAAUUUCAAGGAAGGAAGGCAGGCCAGCUUAAAGGAAGUUAUGGAGUACAUCCUUCAAAAACUGAAAGCUCUUAAAAGUGUUAAACGUCGAAGAUAAUAGUUCAAGGGUUUUCCAGAUGAGUGAAAUUUGGUAGUUUAUUGAUCAGUGACACCAUACCUAGCUAGAUAGAACAAGUUAACAGAAGUUAAUUGCAAGACUUAGUAGAGGAAGGAGAAACGCACAGAACUAAUUGGAAGAUGAUGAGGAAACAUUAGAUAAGUUGUUAAAUACUCGAAUGAUUAGUGAAUUGUUAACUGAAAUUUUGGUACCCAGAUUAUUUGCUGAAAAUGGGUCUUUGAAGUCAUCAUCGGGUCUUCUCGCAACUAAAGGCUGGAAGGAUAUUUAUCAUUCUGCAUUUCAAUGCACCAAACUUUUAUUUGUAUAUA